AUGAUUGAUCCAAAUAAUCGAGAUAUUGUUCAUCAUGUAGUGUUGAUGGAAUGUAACCUCACAGUUGUGUUCGAUGACAACAAUUUACCAGAUGGUAUAUGUGAUGAAAUUAUUGAAAGCAUUUUGCCAUACGCUACAAAUGUGACCGCUGUAUGGACUGUUGGUGGUGAUGAAGAGCUUGGCUAUCUUACACUUGGUGCAAGUGUAAGUUAUUCCGCUAUUGCCAUUCCACCAGAAGCUGAUCGAUUUAUACUCGAUUCUUAUUGUCCAGCUGAAGCUACAGAAAAUUUUCCUGAACCAGUUAUAACAGUUCUUGCCGCAUUUCCGCAUACUCAUUUGCAAGACCUAAGUAUAUGGACAAAGUUAAUUCGAAAUAAAAAAGUGGUUGAAUCUCUGUUUAAUGCUGAAGCAUAUGAUUUCAAUUAUCAAUUUGAUAAUCAUUUACCAAAGCCAAUUCAAUUAUAUCCGGUAUAAGUUUUUUUUUCUAUUCUAUUCUCUUUUGUCUUCUAUCAUUAUAUUUUUGUAAGGGUGAUGAAUUGGCUACUCGAUGUGUUUAUAGUACAAC